AUGGACGCGGUAGCGCUGAAUAGGGGUCGCUCGACAUUUGAAGGGCUUCCUUCCGAGUUGAGGCUUGCUAUCUAUGAAGAGGUCUUCCAGGGGGCUGAGCUAUACAUCACGGGUGUCAGUGCCCACCUGUGUGAGAGAUAUGACGACCUCUCGCCGCAUCGGCUUGUCACCAACACGGACACCUCACUCCUACUCACUUCUCAACUUGUUUGUCAUGAGGCCUUGGCCGUCCUCAGCGCCUCUACUUUGUUGAUCGUCGAGCAGCCUCUUGGGCGCCGUGAUCCCUUUGAAAACAUGCCAGAUGCAUUCCUCACCAAGAUCAAAGCUAUCAAGGUUCACAUCGACGCGUUUGUCCACAUUGACAGACGUCGCCUUCCAGCACUGCAGGACGUGCAUCUCAUCCACACAGCGGACAGCCCAAUGAGUCUCCCAGAUGUUGUUCGAUUCAUUCACUGUCAAGACCAAGACUGUGGGGGUAUGAUGGACUUUGUUGACGAACUGAUGUCAGAUGUGCUCAGUUGGAAAUGGAAGCUUAGCCAAUAUGCUUUCUUGGGUGAACAGGAGGGCUUUGCUGUCAAGACGACGGCCUUGUGGGACUGCUAUGCCAAUGUGGAAGCUGGAAUUGUUGAAUUCGACUGCUCCAAGGGGACUGUGAUCAAGAUGAGAGGCUUCAUUGGCGAGCAUGAAACCUCUGUCGACGAUGGAGACCAAGCAGCAAAAGACUGGGAAGCGUGGAGCGGGCUUUAG